AUGCUCGGGAUCAGCCUCCGCGUGGGAUGGCUGGUGUACGUUUCUUAUCUUGUACUCGCUGCUGGACUAAGCGCCGCAGGCGACUCCGUGACUUACCCAUGUCCAGGAACAACACUUCAUUCAGCCUUACGUCUGGACGAGGCCAGUAUUGAAGACCUCAGUGCUCUUCAAGCCAGCGGCUUGAUGAGAAGCGUAGACCUCGCAUACAUUCAACGUAUAAGCGAAGUCAAUCCACUUCUUCAUGCUGUGAGUGAGGUCAAUCCAGAUGCCUUCCUUAUUGCGCAGAAUCUGGACAACGAGCGUGCUGCUGGCCGCGAUAACAUCGCGACCCUUGAUCGAAUGAACAACACAGGUAGUAUAUCUUGUCCCGUUCUCAGCAAAGAGCUAACAAGAAAAGCUGGUUCGUUUGCGCUGCUUGGGGCCUCAGUCUCUCGUGAAUCAACCGUGGUCACGAAAUUGAGAGAAGCAGGGGCUGUCAUGUUAGGCAAGGCUACAAUGGGAGAAUGGGCGCAAUGGAGGUCGGGCAGAGCGAGCUCUUCUCAUGGAUGGAGCGCCUAUGGCGGUCAAUGUCUCGGAGUGUACUAUCCUCGACAAGAUCCCUCUGGAAGCUCCAGUGGUAGUGCCGUGGCGGCAUCAUUGGGUCUCGCAUUGGGAGCGUUAGCCACCGAAACCAGUGGGAGUAUCGUUCUGCCAGCCGAGAAAAGUAACAUCGUUGGCAUCAAGCCAACUUUGGGUCUCACAUCGCGAAGUAUGGUCAUUCCCAUAAGUAUCCGCCAAGACUCCAUUGGACCUGUAGCACAGAGUGUGAAGGAUGCCGCCAUUUUGCUGAGCGCAAUAGCCGGGAAAGAUACAAAUGACAAUUGGACCUCUGUCCAGCCCUUUGACAAGGUGCCUGAUUAUGUCAAGGCCUGUAAUUACUCGGCCUUCAAGGGCGCUCGUCUUGGUGUACCUCGAAAUGGUAUCGAUCACUUCCUUGACAACAACACGAAGCCAAUCAUGGCUGCCUUCGAAGCAGCGCUCGAUCUCAUUCGAGAUUCCGGGGCAAGUGUUGUUGACGAAGCCAAUUUCGCUCUGUUCGAUGUCCCUGCGUUUUCCCGGAACAGCAAUGUUAUAAUGCGCACCGACUUCACUGCUGGACUCUCAGCAUAUCUGGGAAUGUUGAAGACGAACCCUAAUAACGUAAAGAAUCUGGCUGAUAUAAAAAGAUUCACAAAAGACGACUCUCGCGAGGAGUAUCCUGAUCGCGACACUCAUGUUUGGGACUCGGACUUUGACCUUAAUAUCACUAACGAGUCUAAAGAGUCUUAUGACGCAUAUCAAGCCAAUCUGCAUAUGGCUGAGGAGCAGGGCAUAAUAGGAGCUCUCGAUCGGUUUGGUCUCGAUGCGUUGGUAAUGCCAACAUUUGCCUCUUUCCAUCUCCCUUCGAUCGGAGGGCUUCCCAUUGUUACGGUCCCGUUGGGUUUCUAUCCUCCUGACACAGCAAUUGCCAUGAAUCUCAAGGGCACCUUGGUCAAUGUUGGUCCUAACGUUCCGUUUGGGAUUGCAUUUGUAGGCCGUCAGUGGAGCGAAGAGACCUUGAUCUCGCUAGCAUACGCGUUCGAGCAACGAACUAUGAUCAGGAAAAAGAGGAAACCCUACAUCACUCCCACAUUCGAACUCGGCGACAGUCAGACACCGCCGCUAUCAGAAGACUCAAACCACACCUUGAUAUCGUCGGAAGUUGCGCACGCUGUCCUCAAACGCGGCAUGAGCAAUUUGUUCUCCACGCGAAGCUGGUCUUGGUCUCUGCUUGCUCGGGCCGAUAGCUCGCUGUAA